AUGGCUGACGGAACGUGUGCGUUGGGCACUAUACUGGGAUGCUUGAAGAAAAACAAGGCUGAGGCGAAGGCAAUAAGAAAAUGCAUCCACGGCUUCUUCCAUAGGGACACUCAGGUGUCUGUCAAGAAUGUCAUAACCAUAGUGGCCUUGCACCUGUUGCUGGUUGGCGUUGUCACCACAGCGCCGGUGGCUAGCAGCACCAUGUAUCUACUGGCGACAAUCGCU